AUGGCGGGGGUGGGUGCUGCGCGCUCCGGUCGCGCCGGCCCCGGGGGGCUGCACCCGCUCCGCGCCACCGUGCCCUUCCAGCUGCAACAGCGCCGCGGAGACGGGGCCCGCGCAGCCAGCGUUCCCUGUGCCGUGGCCCUGGAGAGGCCGGGCCGUUCCCGCCGGACCUGCUCCCUGGACACCAUCCUGGGCUCGUACCUGCUGGGCCAGUGGCCCCGGGACAGGGACAGCCCACCCUGCACCAGGGACAAAGCCACCCAGACCCCGCAGUCGUGGCCCGAGGCGGCGGCAGGGCCGGGCAGCGCCGGGGGCAGCUCCGACCACCGGCGGGAGAUUGCCAAGCUGAAGCAGCAGCUCCAGCGCACGAAGCUCAGCGGCAGGAAUGGGAAGGAGAAGGAGAAGAGCUGCCCAUUCCCAGGGGAUCACACACUCCUUGGAUCACUCCAGGACUCUCCCUCGGGAUUCCUUUCUCCGUCUCCCGUCCUGAGGCUCAGCCCCUGCUUGCACAGGAGCCUGGAAGGGCUGAACCAGGAGCUGGAGGAGGUGUUUGUGAGGGAACAGGGAGAUGAGGAGCUGCUGAGGAUCCUGGAUGUCCCAGACGGGCACAGGGCACCGGCACCCGCCCAGCCAGACCCCCUGGACACGGCCCUGGAGCCGGGAAGUGGCAGCUGGAGCAGCCUCUCCCUGUCCCCCUCCCUGUCCAUGCGGACCCCAGGAAGGCCGGGAGCGCCCGAGCCCUCGGAGGCACAGCCGGAGCCAAAGGAGAAAGAGCGGAGCAGCCCUUCUCCAGUGCUGGCCUUUGCCUCCUCUCCUCGUCCCAACCACAGCUACGUGUUCAAACGGGAGCCUCCUGAGGGCUGUGAGAGAGUCCGAGCCUUUGAGGAGACCCUCUGCUCCAGCCCAUCCCAGCCUUUCCAGCCUUCCUGCCCGGACAAGAACAAGGUUCACUUCACCCCCUCGGGCUCCGCCUUCUGCCCCGUGCGCCUGGUGCAGCCGCUCUUCCCAGAUGUGGGAUUCCUCUUCCGGGACUUCCCGGCUCCCCCCAGCGCUGGCACGGCCCCCUUCCCCUCCUGCCAGCCCCCCCCAGCCCCCAGCCCCUUCCUGGAGGAGGUGCCCAAGGCUCCCAGCCGGAAUUGCGAGCCCUGGAAGCGCGGCCAGGCCGAGGAGAGCGUCGUGUUCCAGAGCUCCCUCGUGGUGUGAAUCCCUCGGGAAGGGCAGCACCGGCACCUGCGGCUCCUCAGUGCCUUGGAGGUGGGAUGUGGCAGCCCCUGGGAUUGGGAAUUGUGGCAGAAUUCCCCCCAGGAUGGCAGAGACUGGGAAGGACAACGUGCCCUGGCUCCCUCGCUGCUGGGAGGGCUCGUUCCUGGAGCCUCCCCAAUCCAAAGCACUUUCCCGGGUUGGAUUGUCCUUGUUUCCUCUGGGAAGAGCAGAGGCAAAUCCCUGCUCCUCUGGGAAUGAGGGACCUCUCGUCCCUGCUGGGACUGGGGAGAAGGGGCUGGAGCUGCCCUUGGAUGUGCCAGGCUGGAAUUGUGUCCCUGCACAGCUCCUGUCCCUCAGGGAGGGCGGGAGAGCAGCACAUUCCUGGCUGUGCCUCCCCUUCCCUGCUCCAAACCUGGAGCUUCCAGGGAUCUCCUGGAAUUGUGUGGCUGAGGGUGCCCUUGGAGCCGUGAGCUGCUCUCCCUGCCUUCCCUGCUCUGCCAGGGGCCUGGUGCUGCAGGGAGAGGGCAUGGAAGUGGGAUCUGGCAGCACACACAGAUCCUGCUGCUUCCCAAAGAAACUUCCUGGGAUGAGAGCCCGGAUGGGGCUGGGGUGGAGGAAGUCUGGGACCUUCAGCCUCAUCCAGGGGGAUCCAGGACCUUUGCGCUCUUCCAGGGGGAUCUGGGACUCUUGGCCUCAUCCAGGGCAAUCUGGGACCCUCAGUCCCACUUGGAGGGAUUCCAGAACCUUUGGCCUCAUCCAGGGGGAUCCUGGACCCUUGGCCUUAUCCAGGGCUGGGCUCUGUGCAGGAUCAGGAGCCACAUCCAGCAGCUCCACCCUGUGAAGCCUUUGAAGUUCCCUCACACAGAGCAGGCAUCGUGGAGCCUCUUUCCAGCAGGAGCUGGGAGCUGUGUCCUGUUCCAGGGGCUCUGGGAUGUUUUGGAGCUGCUGCUUUUCCCAUACCUGGUGUAGAAACUCUAUUUUCUUCCAAAGACACUUAUUUUUGCAGCUCUUUGAGGUUUGUAUUUCACGUCCUGCGAAGAGGAUCCUUCCCCCUGCAGCUCCUGCCUGGUGGUCACGGAGUGGGGGGAGGUUUGGGGGUUAUUUUGUGCAAAUGCUGGGAAUGCUGGUGCCAAGGAAACAAAAUAAACACUUCAGGCAUCCAAA